UACUUCCGCAAAGGUAGCUCGUUUUUCCUUCGUGUUAGCCAAAAUGCCGGCUCAUUGCAUUGCUGGACAUUGCUUGAACACUCGGGAGAAUGGAAUUACCCUUCAUAAGUUUGAAAGAGACCCUGUUCGUUGUGAAAAAUGGAUUGCACGGGUGCAAAGGACGAGAGCUUCGUGGGUUCCAAAUAACAGGUAGGUGGGUAUACAGCUACUAAAAAAAAAAAAUGUUUGGGGCGGACCACGUAAUCGGUCUUUCUCAUAACGUAACAAAAGGUCCGCGUAUGAAACGUGUCGAUGUGCGCGUCGCCCAGCCAACAAUGUCUCACUCAGCCUGCAACAUAGCUCGGCUCCACCCCCUCCUUAUAUAGCACGGCGAGCCGAAACUCAGCCACACCAGCUGAAGCGCCGCGUUCGGCGGUCACAUCUUCCACGAAGGCUGCGCGUCGGGCUUUGCAACGGGGGCGGCUCUGAAGAACCAGUGUAAUAUUGCCCAGAACUGCUGUACUCUUGACUGAGGAUUAGUCAUCUGACUCAACUUGGUCUCUGAUGUCAGGCAUUUGCAGCCAACUGAACAAAGGCAGACAUCAUCAGUGUGACAGAGUGGUGUCCAGACCAAGGAGAGCAACUCAUCAGUGUGCAAACAGAACAAAAUACAAUCACAGACAAGACUCCAGACCCGUUCAAUGAAGAACUCACUCAAAAGAAUCUGUCAAAAAAUCAGGACGCAGCUGAAGCGUUCCAGUAUUUUGAGGAUGGCUGGUGAGGAAAUGGUGGACCGAGACGGACUCGAGGAGACCUUUCUUUUCCGGGCUGCAAGGAUAGCAGCUGUGGUUGCAUUGUACUGGUUCGUCUCCAUUACUAUGGUGUUCCUCAAUAGUUACCUACUGGACAACCGCGACCUGGACGCGCCGCUGUUCGUGACGUUCUACCAGUGUGUUGUGACUGUCGUGCUCUGCUGGUUCAUGCGGUUGUUGUCUGCUGCUUGGCCGCAAUUGAUUGACUUCCCGUCGGUCAAGUUUGACGCGAAGACGUCCCGCGAAGUUCUGCCCCUCUCGGUGGUCUUUAUCGGCAUGAUAACAUUCAAUAACCUGUGUCUGAAAUACGUCGGAGUGGCCUUCUACACUGUGGGACGUUCCCUCACCACUGUAUUUAAUGUUUUGCUGUCAUAUGGGAUCUUGAAACAGACCACGUCCUUCAACGCCAUAUUGUGCUGUGGGAUUAUUCUAGGUGGAUUCUGGCUUGGUGUAGACCAGGAAGGCUUGGCAGGCUCCCUCUCCUUGUCAGGUGUCUCCUUCGGCGUGGUAGCCAGUGCAUGUGUAUCUCUCAAUGCCAUAUUCACUAAGAAAGUGAUGCCUGCAGUGGAUGGAAAUAUCUGGAAACUAUCCUACUAUAACAACAUUAAUGCAUGCGUCCUCUUCCUCCCACUCAUUCUUGUGUUUGGAGAGGUGGGCCGGAUCAGCAAUUUCAGUGGACUCGCUGAUCUUGAGUUUUGGGGCAUGCUGACGCUUGGAGGAGUGUUUGGGUUUGCCAUUGGUUAUGUCACAGGCCUCCAGAUCAAGUAUACCAGUCCACUGACGCACAAUGUGUCAGGCACAGCAAAAGCCUGUGCUCAGACUGUUAUUGCAGUGGUGUACAACUCUUACAGUAAGAGCCCUCUGUGGUGGACUAGUAAUAUGUUGGUUCUUGCUGGGUCUUCAGCUUACACGUGGGUCAAGAGUCAAGAAAUGAAGAAGAUUCCUUCAAGACAGUCUCAAGAUUUCGCUAGAGAAAGACUUUUAUUUGGGGAGAAAGGAAACACAAGCGUAUAGUGCACUCAUGGAUGCAGAAAAUAUUUUAAUUUGAUAAAGCAUGAAUCUAAGAAUGUUCUUAAAAGUUUUUGUCUCCCUCUGACUUUUUUUUUAUGUACUUGAGGACAAAUGACUCAAUUUCCCAUAAGUGUGACUUUAACUAUGACUGGUUAUUUGUUUAUAUGUGCCAAUCUCUUACCCAGAAUAAGAUGAGAUCGGAACCAGCACACCCAUGAGCGUAACGAGGAUAAUGCCAAGAUCAGGCUGCAGAGAGAAAUUUGCUCUUUUGUGAUUGCACUAUGUCAAAAUUGCUGCCAUAACGACACGACGUGUCAGUUAUUCGGAUAGCACCAUAUUCCGUCUUUUAUGAUCACUGGGCUUUAUCUUGUCAAAAUAAACCCUGUCAAUGAAGUGUAAACAGAACAUGUUUCUCUGGUCUACGAGACUUGAUCCACAGCACAGCAUUAGAUUGCGGCAAUGUAUUGGUGUUGGGAAGAAAAUGGGGGGAGGGGGGAGUGUGGUGUUGUCACUGGUGCUCGAUAGUGGGCUGUCCAUUCAAGAAGAGGUCUGUUCACAUACUUUUAAUACAAUAUGGCUCGUAAGCAUGCAACUAUGCUACUGGUAGCACUAACAUUUGUAUGUAAUCAAGACCGUGUUCUUUCGAAUCAUUCUCUGAAGUGUCAGUACACAUUGAUUUGUGUGCUUAAAUUAAUGUGGGACAACAGCGACCAAAUAUGUUGACAACAGAAGGCAUGGGAGGCAAGUGUUGGUCACAAUAUGUAUCAUAUAUCUAAUAUAUCUAUAAAAAUAAAAUAAAUAAUAUCUAUAUCUAAUAUCCUAUUGGUCAACGUCGAGGUGCAAUAUCUGUCAGUUGUUGUCAAUAUGUCACACUACAUGGAUGAUACCCCCCUCCAAAAAAAAAAAUAAAAGGUGAUAGACUUUCAUUUUUGCAUCAUAGGGGUAUAAUCGAGCCAAAUUGUUGGUUUUUGUCAUACUACAAGACGUUUUGUCGUUCACGACAGAAUAUGUCACACCCAAUUGAGGAACUUGCCCGUUAUAACUAACCGGGCCAAUAUUGGAGCUAAAAUCCUGUAAUCUGAUCAAGGCAUAAGCGUUACGAGAAAUUGAUGGAUGGAUGAGGUAAAACCCUUUAUGUAGUGGAUUGAACUUUAAUCAGUUUUUUUGUGUUAUAGAGUGAACGUUUACAUAUUUGUAUUUAUGCUAUCAGCUGGUCAGCUGUGGUCCAGUGGUUAACUGAGAUGGGUAAAAUCCAGAGAACAAAUUUUGUGUGCAGGCUUUUUCAUGAGAAUAAAGAUGAUUCUUCUUCUUCAUUGGUACCUUGAUUUACAACUUCAAUUAAUAAUGUGACUGAAUUUGUAGAUGAAUGUUCUCCUACUUUAGUUGGCGUACAGCACUAAGCAAAUAACCUGACUGAGAGAUUCUUCCUAAACUUGUAAAACCUGUAAAUUUGUUCAGUCAUAAGUCAAUGUUCAGUUGUACUUUUUAAAAUUGUAUUUAUUUUUUAUGGGGGGCGAACACUGCAAUUAACUUUGCAUUGGCUGGCAAAAUUGUAUGUCACCACCAAAUCAGGGUGCAGUUGUAAUCUAAAAUUUAAUUUGUUCCGAUACCCCGUUCUCAAAGCGAAACAUUUUCAAACCAAGGUAAUGGUUUCUCAUUUAAAUGAAUGCAAAAUAAAUUAAUUUGUUCCAUCCAUAUUUUGAUCGUUAUGUAGUUAAAAUAAAUGUUGUGCAAUAUAGAAAUAUGUGAAAACACAAUUUAUGAUAAAGUACCAGUGGGCUUGCUAGCAAAUUGCUGUACAGUGUCUUGGCACUCCGAUGUUAAUUUACGUUCACUGGUUAUGGCAAGGCAGCUCGGUGAGCGCAGCUGUAAAGUGCUGGCCUCACAGUUCUGAAGUUGAGGGUUCCCGACCCCGCCUCUGAACUUUGCAUACUCCCCGUGUACCUGUCUGGGUUUUCUCCAGGAACUUUGUUUUCCUCCCACAUCCCAAAAACAUGCAACAUUAAUUGCACACUCUAAAUUGCCCCUAGGUAUGAUUGUGAUAGGAUAUGUUGUCUGGCUCCAUGUGCCCUGUGAUUGGCUGCCUUACCUCCUGCCCGAAGAUAGCUGGGAUAGAGUCCAGCACUCCCACAACGUUUCUGAGGAUAAGUGGCUAAGAAAAUGGAUGGAUGUUUAUGGCAAGCCCUAAAUGGCAGCCAUCUUGGGCAUACAGAUGGAGCCAGGGAUGUUUAUGUGAUGUGAGUGUACAAAGUUCCAAGCUUUAUGCGAGCACUGCAACACUGUUUGUAACCUGAAAAUAGUAGGUAACCUGAGGUAUUUUUUCUUCACUUUUUUUUUUUAAACUUGGUUGUUCGUAAACCACGGUUCCACUGUAUUUCAUAAACACGCAUUACAGUAUUUACAAAUGUAUUUUGUUGUGCUUAAGUCAAGAAAUAACUUUUAGUUGACCGUAUUUCCUGUUUCAUUCUUAUUUGUGAGAUAAUAACUUGUAUCAAGGAUGUAAAAUGUACGGCUCGCAGGCGAGAACCGAGGGGAUUGUUCUGCCCGUCAGGCAAGUUUUUAUUGAGGCAUCCAGACUUGUUGUGAAAGUCAUCAUAUUAUUUUGCUACAAGCAUUGUAAAGCCUGACCUGUUGGGACUGUAGC